AUGGGGAGCUCAAGUGUGGGACUGGCAAUGGCCUGUCUUUUGCUAGUCUCGUGUAUGGUGAUGCCAAGCUUGGUCAAAGUUUACACCGUUGGUGACGCCUCUGGCUGGACAACCGGGGUAGAUUAUAGUACAUGGACUGGUGGUAAGACCUUCGAAGUUGGUGAUAGCAUUGUUUUCAAGUACCCAACUAGUCAUACAGUGGAUGAAGUGAGUUCAAGUGAUUACAGUACGGGCACUGUAGGCGAUGCCAUCACAAAAGAUGACAGUGGAGCCACCACCGUUGCCCUCAAGAAGGCCGGAACACACUACAUCUGUGGUGUAGUGGGUCACUGCGCGAAUGGCAUGAAGCUUGCAGUUAAAGUGGAGUCGGGAUCGUCCAAUUCGCCAGCUUCCAGCGACAAACCAUCAACCACCAACACAACAACAACUAAAGCCCCGGAUUCUUCAUCAUGGAAUCUCUCCCCAUUUAUGGCUGUUGUCACAACUGUGUGUGUGUGUGUGUUUUUUUUUUCUAUUACCAGUGUUUCUUCUAGUUACCACUAG